AUGGUUAAGGAAACUCCAUUGCACUCAUCUUCAUCAACUUCGCUAUCAUCGUUAUUUAGGCCAACUAAGUUGAAAAAUCUAUCGGCUAAAAUAUUUAACGGCGGUGGUAACCAAUCAUACUCAAAGGCGGAUGAUGUUUCGAGGUCCUCCUCUAGAUCGUCAAAUAAAAAUACAGAUUCAGACCAGGAGGAUCGCAUAAAGUAUAACAAACCUAACGAUCGAAGAUCUGUCCUAGGAAAGAAUACCCAGGGAAAUGGCGCAUCGUCAAAGGAGUCACAUACAGUAGCAAGUCCUUCACUAGCAGGGAUUUCUACUACCUCGGUCAAAAAGGUUACUGUUGACUACCUUUCUUCUCGCCCCUUACAUAACAAUCAUAAUCCCGUGCGCACUGGGCAUACCGUGCCCCACUUACCUCAUAGUAUUCACAAUCCAAUAAACUAUAUUCAUCAAGGCUCAAAGGAUGCUUUCCACCAUCCUCACCCCGUUCGCUCCACAGCUCAUAACAACAUUUUUACGGUAUCUUCUGCCAAAUCGGAUACACCUUCUUCGAAUUUGUCAUAUCAGGCGCAUAUGCAUCCCGUAGAGAUACUACAGAAACAGAUUGAAGACAAACACUUUAUGGACUCUCAAGCAUCCACCCCUGGGUCUGUAGAACUGCAGCAUAAUUCUUCAAGCGGUAGUGAUGAUACCUCAUCAAAAAAGAAAAAAUCUCUGAGAUUAACAAGAUUUUUCAAAAAAAUUCAUAAUGAUUAUCAUGACAAUCACCAUCACCAUCACCAUCACAAUAAUCAUAACCGUGGAUCCACCCCCACAAAACCAAAGCCCAAUUUAAAUACUAACGAAAAUAUAGUAGAAAAUAACGGCAAAACAUUAUACGAGACAGAUAAUCCAGUGGAAUUAUUAGAAAAAUAUGGUAUUCCUGGUAGAAAAUUAGGCGAAGGAGCCUCCGGUUCAGUGUCUGUAGUGGAAAGAACUGACGGCAAGCUAUUUGCUUGCAAAAUGUUUCGAAAACCACACUUAAACAAUGAAGGAACUAAUCAGUCUCAAUUAGCUAAUUAUUCUAAGAAGGUUACCACUGAAUUUUGUAUUGGUUCCACGCUGCACCAUGAGAAUAUCAUUGAAACUCUAGAUAUGCUGACUGAAGGUGACACCUAUUUAUUGGUAAUGGAAUAUGCGCCAUAUGAUUUUUUCAAUCUCGUCAUGAGUAACCUAAUGACACAGGAUGAAGUCAAUUGUUACUUUAAACAGCUGUGCCACGGUGUUAAUUAUCUCCACUCCAUGGGCUUAGCUCACAGAGAUUUAAAGUUGGACAAUUGCGUCGUUACUAAAGACGGCAUCUUGAAACUGAUUGACUUUGGUAGCGCUGUAGUCUUCCAAUAUCCUUACGAGGAUACCAUCGUAAAAUCACAUGGAAUAGUGGGGUCCGACCCUUAUCUGGCUCCUGAACUAUUAAAACAAACAUCAUACGAUCCAAGAGUAGCAGACGUGUGGUCCAUCGCUAUUAUAUUUUACUGUAUGGUCUUAAAAAGAUUUCCUUGGAAGGCCCCAAAAAAGAGCUUUAACUCGUUUCGGUUAUUUACCGAGGAACCUGAGGACGAAGAUGAUAUAGCUCGGGGCCCAAACAAAAUAUUGAGGCUACUACCAAGACAUUCACGAAAAAUAAUAGGUAGAAUGUUAACCUUAGAGCCAAAGCAAAGAGUUUUAAUGAACGACGUGGUAAAGGAUGAUUGGCUUGUAUCCGUUCCCUCUUGCGAAAUUGACCCUACCACCGGCGAUUUGGUUGAAAAACCAAAAAAUCAUAAGCAUCACUUGGUUACUGAAGAGGAAUUGAAUGAGUUGACCAAGCAACACGGAAAUAAAGAUUCAAACUAA